AGGGCUGCUAUGUUUGGGGGUGGGCUCCCACUGUGGAAGGUCAAGGCACUUAUUGGGUUUGGUUGGUGUCUGUUAUUGCGCACACAGCCGUGAGACACAGUUAAUUAGUUUAUCUGUGUGAUCAUCUUGAUUUUGGGUAAAUCAGUGGUUUUCAUCUGCUGUAUAUCAGAAAGUAAGGAAGAGAAGGGGAAGGAAAUAUGCACAGCUGAUCCCAGGCCAGUAGCGCACAGUGGAGUUGCAUAUAUUGUAUUCAUCAUGGAGAGCACAUUGCUCCUAAGGGCAGCUUGUGCUGUGUUGUUCAUCACCGGAUGCGUGUCAGGCUGCAACAGAGGACUCUACGAGAGAGUGAUCGACCAGUACUGCCUGGCAAAGUUCAAGUUCGACAUGGAGGCAGUGGACCAACGUCUGUGGUGCAGCUGGCCCGACACCACAGACGAACAAAGACUCUCGACUACAGGUGGCAUUGGUUCACCGUUUGUACAAGAGCACCUAAGAAAAAGGAAAAAUGAUGAUCACGUCUUCUUACAUCAUUCUUUGAAUUAUAUUAAUUUUAACCGAAGAAGUUGUCGCUGCUGCCACCAACUUCAACUGCACCUUCGCUAUUGUCAUCCGUCCCGUAUGGCUCAAACGGAAACUUUGUUCUGUUCGACUGAUCAAGUCUGAUUCUCAAUAAACCUCAAUUACAAUACCACAGCGGAAGCUUAAAAACUUCACUGUGACACAGCAAAACUGUUCCAGCAUAAAAGGGAUACAGAUUUUUCAUUCUGCUUGACCUAACAGCCGAACAGGACCAAAAAGAAAAAAGAAAAGAAGUACCAUGAAGGACAAAAACCAAAAUAUACUGUGUUUAUUAAAUAACUGAUAAAAAUAAAGCCGGCUUAAAAUAAACCUGCUCGUAGAUGGUGUCAUGAUCUCAGUUUUUGUUGACUUUGUUUAGAUUAGUUUUCAUCAAUUUGUUUGUAUUUAGUUUCCUGCUUCUUUCAGUCUGAGUUGGUUUCUUGUUGUUGGUGUUAAGUUUCCUUGUAGUUUGUCAUGGUGAGUGUUUUGUUUCCCUAUAUUUCUGUUACUUUAAAUCUUGAUUUUUGGGGGCUUUGCUAAUUUUGUAUUUUCAUUUCUUUACAUGCCUUAUUUACCUUUUUGUUUUUGAAAAAAAUAAUAAUAAUUUUUUAAAGAUUCAUCCUACACUCCUGCCUUGCUUCCCUGUGCUCGGGUCCUCCACUUAUGCUUCCAACACCACGAAAACCCAAAUAUCUCACAGGUUGUCCCAUUAGGGACAUUCCCAAAUCUGGACAUAUCAUUGCAAUGUCUCGGUUGAGGGUUCCAGUUGAGUCAUUGAUAUGGUCCAAUCUCAGCCAUCUCUCGUGGCCGCUAUAGGCACCAGCCUAUAACAGCUAGUGAGGGUCAGAAUGCAAGGGAUUCCCAACAUGUUUUUGUAGCAGUUUCUAAAGCUCUGGCAUUGUUUUAUCAUUGAUAUGGAUCAAUAUCAGCUGUCUCAUGUGCCACCUUCAGCUCGGGGCAGUUGCUUCGGUUGCCUGCCUUAUUGCGGUGUCUCUGCUUUUCCCCCGACUGAUCCUUGGGCUCCAUUU